AUGGAGCUGUACAACGCCCUGUGCCCCCGCACCCUGCUCGUCAUACCCAACGCAAAGGCCGACGAGAAGAGCCAGAAGAAGCACGAGAAGAUGGCCACGUACAAGUUCAUCCAGGCCUGCGUCAACGAGCUGGGCAUCUCUCAGGAGGGCUGCUUCAUCCUGAGCGACCUGUACGGCGACGACACCACGGGCUUCGUCAAGGUCACCAACGUAGUCAACCGCGUCCUCGACUCCCUCGUCCGGAUGGGCAAGAUCGACCCUGCCGCCGUCGACAUCUCCGACAGCGCCUCCGUCACCUCCUCCAUCAAGCGCUCCCAGCGAGAAUACAUCAUCGACGAGCUGGUCAAGACCGAGCGCACAUACGUCCAGCAUCUCGAGCUGCUGCAGGAGUUCAAGAAGCUCGUAGAAGAAAAGGGCAUCAUCAGCGGCGACCAGGUCCACGAUAUCUUCCUCAAUUUAAACGCGCUCCUCGACUUCCAGCGCCGCUUCCUCAUCCGAGUGGAACAGACGAAUGCGCUGCCCGCCUCCGAGCAGAACUGGGGAAACCUGUUUGUGCUGUACAAGGAUGCCUUCAAAGUCUACGAGCCGUAUAUUGCAAACCAGAAGAAAUGCGAGCAGAUUGCCAUGCGCGAGUUCGACAAACUAAAAGAGACCGGCGGAACCCCCGAGAUGCGCCAGAUGGUCGAAUCUCCCACACUACUCACCUCAUUCCUGCUGAAGCCCUUCCAACGAUUGACAAAAUACCCACUGCUUCUCUCCCAACUGCACAAGAACGGCGACCUUGACGAGCAAAGAAAAGAGGAUCUCACAAAAGGUAUCGAAGCAGCCUCCUCCGUUCUCGCUGGCACAAACGAUGCCAUUGCACGCGAAGAACGUGUCGAGGCUGUCGAGGAGCUCAAGACCCUCGUGGAGGACUGGAAAGGUCACCGCAUUGAGGGCUUCGGUGAUCUGCUCCUCUAUGGUCAAUUCACCGUACUCAAAGGCGACAGCAUGAGCUCGAAGAACGAAGAGCGCGAUUACAAAAUCUACCUUUUCGAGAUGAUACUGCUCUGCUGCAAGGAGAUCAACGUCAACAAGCCUAAAAACAAAAUGUCCACCAGAUCCCUAGUCACCAAGGACGGAAAGCCAAAGCUACAGCUCAAAGGCCGUAUCUUCAUGCAGAACGUCACCGAGACCAUUUCGUUACAAAAGCCAGGCUCUUACACUUGCCAGAUCUUCUGGAAAGGCGACCCAGGGAUCGAGAACUUCAUUAUCCGUUUCACGUCCGAAGAGACGAUGAAGAAAUGGGCUGCUCAGGUGGACGCACAGAGGCGGGUAUGGAAGGACCAAGCACGUUCCAGCGCCAGCACAGUCAACGCCAAACCCUCGGAUACCAACUUCACCUACAUGGCCGGCUUGAACGUCGAGAACCCCUACGCGCAGCAGGAGGAAGAGGACGACGACGACGACGAACCUCCCGCUUCUGGGUACCCACGGGAUAGUUUUGGGAUCAUGCAAAAUAGCUCCAACGGCUCUCCACGGUCACGAUCGACAACUGGCGAAAGUGGGCCGCCGAUGGACGGGACGGAUCCCAGGGUACCUCCUCCGCGUUUUCCCAUGGGUUAUUCGGGUUCCGCUCAGGCGCCACUGACGUUGCGCACACAGCAGCUGCAGAACUCAGGGGCGAUCGAGUCUCAUUUCUCUCCAGUUGUCGAAACACCGAUGUCGUCCUACUCCAAUGCGCGAACGAGUUCAUCGUCUGCAGGUACCUUCCCGUUUCCCCGACAGACACCGCCAAACGUAUAUUCCAACGAGGAGAACAACCGUUACACCGCCCCUGCGCCAUCUCGCGGUCACGGUCGUGAGCCAUCUGGUCAAUAUGCCGCCGCACGCGCCCAAAGGCCGUCGUUGCCAGCCAAUGCCAGUAUGUCAUCUCAAGGUCCACGUCUUCGGGCAGCCAGUAGCCCCGAUAUUCAUAAUGGUAACGUGCCGCGUAAAGGACCAAGCGGGCCCGUGCCAGACGUACCACCCUUCCCAACACACUAUGCUUACAAUGCUGCCAUCGUAAAUCGCAGCCAGAGCAACUCACCAAGUGGCCUGCCCCCGAGAGCAGGCACCCAAUCACCCGCGAUCCAACGAGAUCGCCUCAUUCAGCAACGCACAGCUGCAGAGCUCUCCACCAUGGCCGAUUACCCCGGUGGGCCAGCUCGUCGCGAUCCGAACCUUGCGCCCAUGUCGCGCACUAUGACGCCUGCAUCGUCGUUUGAGCGAACAAUGACACCGGCUUCGGUGGAUUCUCGAAAUAUGUCACCACCGCUGAUAUCAGAGCACUCCAACAUUCCAAGUCAGCUCAAGGUGAAAGUACACUGUCCAUCAGCAGGUAGCUCCAUGGUAUUGGUCGUGAGCACCAACAUCAGCUACCAGUCUCUCAAGGACCGCAUCGACGCCAAACUCCAGCGAUCGACAGCAGUAUCGUUGGCUUCCGGCCAGGUCAAGCUGAAGUACCUCGACAGCGAAGGUACUUAUGUCAGCAUACAAUGCGACGACGACGUUCUGGAAGCCUUUGAGAAUUGGCAAGAGCAGCAAAGAGAUCUCAACCCGGGCGGAGGGCAGCUGGGCGAGAUUGAGCUUUUCUGCCAACGAUGA